GUGACUAACAUGCCAGACUUUUGUUAUUUAGCAGUGUCCCCAUCAAAACAAUGAGCAAAGUCUGAAUGGAAAAUUCAGAAAACUGACCUCCCAUUUUGUUUCAAAGUGGAUAAUUAUUAAACGUUAUAAAAAUCAAUAAAAAUUAACAAAAGGCAACAGAAUGCAUGAAAUGCAGGCUGGAAUUGGCAAGUAAGGUACUUAUGGUGGCUGGUAUCUUCUUAUUAUAUUUGAGACUCAACCUCAUCCAUGACGAACAGAAAGAGUACAAUGUAGGAAACAUUGCUUCUUACAAUGUUAGUCUAGCUGUUAUGUAAACUGUAUCAUCAUUUUCCUUCUUUUUGUAGUUAAUCUUGGCCAAAAGUGUUGUGAUUCCCACCUAACUACCAGUCAAACCAGUCAAAUACUCCUGAUCUGAGGAAACAGAAUUGAGAAUGCCUGGAUAUCAUUUGGCAAGUCUAGACAGGAACAUUAUCGACCCUAAGUACUUCUGCAGCUCUUGUGCGUUACUGCUGAGAGAGGUCAUGCAGACAUCAUGUGGACAUUUCUAUUGCCAGUCUUGCUUACCAAGUCUUAUUAGGUAAGUUUUAAUUACAUGCUUGAAUAUCAGUUGGUUUAUGUAGUGCAUAAAGUUGCAAGUACUCUGUUAUGUACAUCUCCUACUGGUUAAAAUAUUGUCAAGUCCCUGGGGAUGUUUUCUUUAUUUUUAUUUAUUAUAUAAUAACUCUUUAUCAUAUAAACUGCGGCGUCAUAUAAGGAUUUCCAGCCCUAAGAAAAGCCGUAACAACGCAUGUGAAAAAAUACGAAAUUUUUUCACCUGUGUUUGAUAUCGCCAAUCAGCUGCUCACAUGUCACUCGCCUUUCGUGCCACUUGGUCACGUUGAUGUACGAACGACAAAGCCUUCACUUUUGUUUGUCGGAAUUUCCUCGCAAUAUGGCAGCUAAAACGCUGAAAAAUCCAUAUUGCUUGCAGACAGUGACAUUCAAACUUUCCUAGAAGGGGAAGAAAACCAAAGUACAAAAAGAAAAAUGGAAAGUUACGUAUUCAGUGGCUUUGGUAAUAGUAUUCCUUGCGGUUGAGAGCGAAAAUCGACCAGUGUAAGAAUUGCCAUAGCUCCAUUUUGGCUGUGUACCUGAAAUGUUUCUUUUGUAUAUUGAAAAUUACGCCUAUUGUUGUUUUUGUAAUGAUUCAAGGCAUUUUUUCAUAUGAAGUCUUAGGGCCAACUCUCUUUACAAUUUUUUUUCGGGGAUUCUCAAUCCUUUUAUCUUCAUUCGUUAAUUAAGUUGACUUUUCCUGUCAGUAAAGGGCUAUUGUAUUUAUAUGAUAAAUAAAAUAAUACAUGGUUGCUUAAAGAUAUGGAAUUUCUCUUCUCGUGCUCAACUCGACAUCUCACUCGUUCGUCACACUCACUUUUGAGCUUUCGAGUUAAACACUCGAAGAGAAAUUCCAUAUCUACGCGCGCUCACGUAUUAUUCUCUAUAUCCUAGCAUAGUGAGCGGUAUGUUGCUUGCACCAAUCAAGUUACUGCAUUAUGUAUUUUGUAUGUAUUUUGCACCAUCAGAUUGCUGCAUAAGGGUACGUAUCUCGCACCAAUCAGAUCAGGUACGGCGGUAAGCAUAGUCUUAACCUGUGAGUAGGCCGUUGUUUGGUCUUGUCAUGCAAUGGUGGGAGAGUGUGUUGAAUGAUGAGACCAAACAAUGGGUAUGAAGGACACUAUAGAAAGCGUGGCACUAGUGCAGUUUAUUUUUGUUACCAAUUAUUCAGACACCAGUGUCAAUACCAUAAAAUGUGUGUCUGAGUUUAUCUCAGAUAAAUUGGGAUGGUUUUUUAAUCUCCAUUAAACAAUAUUGUCAUUGGAAUCAUUUUGAAAGUAUAUACCCUUUUACAAAAAUGCAAACAUCAUUCAAUUAGCGUCCCUUCCCAAACCAUCCAACCAAAAAAAUUACUCCUGUUCACAUAGCAUGCCUAUGUUUCUUUAAAGGGAUGUACCACAGACUCCAACUUUUUAGGGUAGAGCUUUUAAGAACACUUUUUAAGACUGCAGUUGUAGAAAACAGGCAUGAAAAUUGUCAUCAGGGGUUUUCCAGAAAACUGAGUUGAAGUCAUAUUUAUAGUUAUCAACUUAUGUGGUUGUUUGCCUUUUCUGUCCAAUUGCAAAAUGAAUGAGAGUGGAGAGGGAGUGUUGCUGUUCCCCUAGGUAUAUAUAUCCAGAAAUUAAGAGGAAUGAUUUUGGCCAUGGUGGUAUUCUUUAUGUGAAGUAUGUUACAGGGUGGCAUGAAACUUUGUUGAAACUUGUAGAAAAGAGCCAAUCCUGUGAUUUGAAUACGCUCUAUAAACUGUGUAAACUUAUGAAAGGAUACUCAUGGAAGAAUUGUUCAAAGGAUAACUUAUCAAGGUGACCAAUUUUAAACUGGCACUGGUUUUUCUUUCUUUCUUUUUAUUUUUCAACUCUUUAUAUUCAAACUCGCUUUGUUUCUUUGUUGGUUUGAAGGGAUUUUGCUUUGAAUUCUUUUUUGGAAGGUAGGGGAUGACACUUGGAAAAAAAAAACCCUGAUAGAGGAUCAGGUUUUUAAGUUCCUCACCAUUGUUUCUUUCGAAUGGCAAGUACAUUCGGGGAAUCAUACCCUAUUAUGGGUCAAGUUUGAGCCCAAAUCAAGUUCAAGUCACUGGUCGAAUUAAAGUCAACUCAAAUUUUUUCCUCUUCAUAAAAUAGUACUAUUUGAAAAACUUGUUGUUGUAGUAGUCAAAGAAGAAAAACAAAAAAGUAAAAAAAUGAGACAAAGUUCAUUUAAUGAGGUUAGUUGUUUUACUUUACUUGAAACAACUUAUUUUGUCUGUUUCAACACAGCCACACAAACUUGUGUAUUAUAAAUAAUUGUUACUAAAAUAAAAUGCUCUUACCUUGUUAUAGAAUUGUUAUGAAGAAACAAAAUGUUUUAAAGGCUAUUGUUGUCCUGCUGUGAUCUGAUUGGUGUGAGAUACAUACCUUAAUGGGCAAUCUGAUUGGUGUGAGAUACAUACCUUAAUGCAGCGAUCUAAUUAGUGAGAGAUACAUUCCCUAAUGCAGCGAUCUGAUCAGUAUGAGCAAUAUACCACUUGAAAGGCUGACAUUGUGUUUCUGUUGAAAUGAUAUCACAAAUAAUCCUGUUAAUAGGGAUGUGACAUCUGGUUUAAUGAAGUGCUUGGUGGACAAGGAUAAUCUUCAUCAAGUUGAGGUAUGUCAGUUACUGAAGAAACACGAGAAAUUUUUAUGCCAAAUAGACACUGUCUAAAAUAAAAUGUUUUUAAAAGAAGGGACAUACAAUACCUCUUGCAUUAGAAACAAUCCUUUAGUAUCUCCCAGGUUGGCUACCUUUUGUUUUGGAUUUUUUGCACAGUUAGCUUCAGACACAAAUAUAAUACGGUAAAGGCUAAGCUGUUUGUAAACCUUUUGUCCCUCUUGUUCAAAAUAUAUAAAGGUAACAAACACGGUGGCCUCCACUGGGCACAAAAAUAUGCUUGUAUAUUUGUCUUUGGCAGGGCGUGAAAUUGUGCCUAAUACAGGCGCCAAUGCGACUAAAUUUUUCACUUUGGCGACCAAAUCCUGAAAAUUAGUCGCCAAAUUGGCGACUUGAUUUUUUCAUCAUAACCUUACCAAGAGAUGUGGUGAAUUUUAAAAUAUUUUCAAAGAUAAAUCUGCGGCAAACUUCCUCACUGAGUUUGUUUCCGAAACGCAGAAGAUGCGUCUCGAUCAAUAUCUAGACGCCACUUGGAUUUAGGUGAGCUUGAACGUUGUAUAUCAUCCAUUCUAGUGUCCACUUUGUAGCACGUUUAAGAUCUUUUCCCUACCUUAAUUUUGGAGGUUCUCUCUAGAACGCUGACAGCGUAAAAAAAGAUUUUGUUUGUCUUUGAAAAUGAGGACCAACUUUUUUUGAAUUGGCCACCACUUUGAAGAAUUUAGGAGCCAAGUGGCUAUUAGAAAAAAAAUUUAAUUUCACGCCCUGUUUGGACAUUACCUGCUCUUUGAAUUGAGGCCCAUAACUGUAUACUUCACGAAACAAAUUAUCUCCUUGGACAAAUAUUCUGGAAAUUUUCAUGCCAAAUGGUAAAAACUGUUGUCUUAGGUGCUCAAGUCAAGUAGCUCUUCCAGCUGGAGCUGCAACCCCCCUUGAUGGGAUUCGAGCCUCUCCUGGUUACCCCCAGACAUUUCAUCAGGUUUUUCUGAAAAUUCAGACACAGAUAUAAAUAUAUAGAGGUGAAGAGAGGCACUGCGCGAGUUAAGUGUCUUGCCCAGGAACACGAAACAACGACUUGACGGACCUCUCGACCCAGAGUCCAGUGUGUUUGGCAUCUCCACACAUGCCCAAACGAGGCGAUCGUUUAUGUAAAGAGGCAGAAGCACACAACCUUAGGGAUUUGCUUCUGAUGAGAUAAUUGAUUUGUACACGAGGUGUACUACUUUCUUAUAAUGUUUGCAAGCUGUAUUUUGCAUUGUAUGCACAUGAGAUUUUUUCACUAUUUAUCACGUGUUAAAAGGAGGAUAUGAAAUGUUAAAUUGAUUAAUUUGAUAUUUAUUCCCUUGUGAUGUAUUUUAGAUUUUUCCAGAUAGGUUUAUGCGUCGUGAAGUACUUUCUCUUGUGGUUCACUGCACAUUCAUGGAGGACGGGUGUAAUUGGAUGGGAGAAGUGAGGUAUUUAGAGGUACGUCUGAUAUGGAAGAUUCCGUGAUAAUCAAUUAACAAUUUGUUCAUACUUAAGCAUGGGUUCAUCGUGAUAUGAAGCAGGCAGGAUAUUUGGAAAGUACGAAAGACACGUAAGAGUUGCUCAAGUCGCAACCAAGAGCAAUUGUACUUUCUUGAAUAACGGCUUUAUGAAGGACUAAGCAGAUUUGAGAUUUUUUUCAUGACACUUUUUUUCGGGGACUAACGACAUAACAUAUUUUCUUACAAUGAAACACCAGGGAAUUAAAACUCCCUGGUGUUGCUUAAUUUAAACCAUCAAAGCAAUCUUGCAUUUUCUAUUUCUUUUUGUUGUUCUUUUGAGUGUAUAACCCUUUACACCCUUAUAUCUGUACACAUACUUCAUACUGUCCUCUUUACAUUUCUAUUGGACCUGACCUGGAGAAUUUGUUCCGUAAUCAAGAACUUUCGUGGCCGGAUAUCAUUUUCUUUUUCCUUGAGCUUCCCCAACCAACUGUCGGCAGAUUGUCGAUAAGGUGUUAGCGACAGGUUACCGACAAGCUACCAACUGGCUGUGGCAACCGACCAAUUCAACGAUUAAUAGCCAAUUGUCGGCCGACAAAUAACCAACAGCUUUUUGGGAAAGCUCCUCUUAAAAUUUUCAAUUGUCUGAUUCAGCGAUGAUUCUGUGAGUAGAAACCAUACGCUGGCCACUCUUGGGGAUUAAAGGAGGUCUAUAGCGACAAGAUGAUAUCGAUUAAUUUUUGUCACUCUUGGCAUUCCUGCAUAAAUCACAGAUCCUUCCAAGGGUCCCAGACAGUCUUUCUUUGGUUGCCAUGACCUCGUGUAUGUUGUCACAAGUCACAAUUUCACCGGAAAUAAUCUUUUCUCAUCCUAAAUAAAAAUAAAGAAUGAAAAAUAUCAGACAUGACCUCUUUAUAAAGUUUUAUUAAAUAACCAAAGAAAGUCUACUAACGCGUGGGAGAUGUGUAGUGUCGUAGUGACCCCGCACCCGGACUUUUAUCAUAAAAAUACUAUGCAAUGUAAUUAUUAUUUUUUUUUUACAAAUUAGCCAACAUGUCCACUGUGGCCAUGUAUUUUUGAGUAAGUUCUUUGACUUCUUGGUCGCUUCUUCUCACGAGGUAGAACAAUGUAAGACGUUGUAGGUCACUUCACCUUACACGAUUACGUCGUAACGAUCACAAAGUAGGUCAGAUGUUGAAAUGGUUGAUAAAAAAAGAAACGAAGGCUGGAUAGUAUCAGAAGCUGCCUUAUAAUUUUACAAAUUAUUUUCAUUAGGGCUAAAUUUCUUGUUACCUACCUUACAACAAUUUGGUAAUAAAAGGAAUUUUGUGAUAAUUGCUUUCAACAGGACCAUAAGCAGACGGAUUGCAAGUAUUUGGAAGUCCUCUGUGUGCAUGCUACAUGUAGCAUGCGGGUUAAAAAAAGUGAACUUGCUGAUCACUUUAUUAAGGAAUGCAGAGUCAGACUACAGCAAUGCCAAUUUUGUGAUGAAUCUGUCGCUUACUGCGAAAUGAAGGUAUGUAUGCCAUUGACUGAGACACAUCACAUACUUUAAAGCGCAGUGGUUGCCACUCAUAUACUGUGGCAUAUUAGCUCUGAGAAAGACAGAUGAUUGUACAAAAUUAACGAUCUUUAAGGUAGAAAGGUUUCACCUUAAAUGCAAGUGCCUCCAUCUCUAGAAAAAAAAUAUACCCGAAUUAAGAUAGUCAGAACUUCCUGUAAAGCGAGGCGAACACUAUUUUUGAGCAGUAUACUUUUUAUGUAUCUCAGUGAAAUUUAACUUUUUUACCAUGGAAAGUUAAGAUUGAUCAAGUGCAUUCUCACCUAACUUAGUAGCCUGUGUAACUUGGAACAGGUAAGCUAAACACUCUUUCUCUUAUUUCUUGCUGUUGUAAUCAGGAACACCUUCGGUCGAAUCACAACUAUCUCCACCGCCAGAUGGACAACCUGGGGAUUGAAGUAGAUGGCUUGCUUCAGUUAGUAUACCUCCUACAAGAUGGGCAUCGCCAUCUCCAGAAUGAACAACGUAGAUUACACGAAGAAGUUCAACAACUGCAUGCGAACCUCCGCGUAUUGGAGCAAGGCAUUCAACAGCAAAGAGAAGAUGAUGUAAAGAAUGCUUUGUGUGUGAUGAAAGAUAUUCUUGAAGAUAUGGCCAGGUCACGUGAUGAACAAGGUGCUGAAGCUAACCCCCCACGCAACAGUAAAAGAAUGAUCAAAGCCCUAGAGGAAGCUCUGGAGGUUAGAAAUGCAAACCCAGCUGAGUCAGACCUAUAUGCAAGGCAGCAAGGGCUUUCAAGCGACGAUGGUUAGCUGCUGGCACAUAAAACAAGACGUGUGCACGCAACAUGCCAAGAGUAUAAUGCCCAGGAGAGAACGGCUUUGGGAAAUCCGUCAGGUGCAAGUCCUUUCUCCGAAACACCUAGUGAGUCCAAUGGUAGUGCUCAGAACCUUGCUUUGGUACAACGGGUUGUCAGUCUUGAAAAGAGAGAUGCUGACAUGAAAAUGGAACUUGGUACCACCCAGGAGAGCUUCAGGAGGCAUGACCGAAGAAUUGAAUCUAUUGAGCACACGCUGGCACUUAGAAAUAUAACCGUGGCUGAUGUGGAGGGAUACGUAAGACAGCAAGAGUUCUCAAGCUACGAUGGCCGACUGGUGUGGAAGAUUUCUGAUUAUGCUUGCAAACGACGGGUCAGCAAGUUUCUCUCUAUAGCCCUUGUUUCUACACCAGUCGCUACGGCUACAAAAUGUGCGCCCGCAUUUACCUGA